CAUAUUAUUAAAUAUUACAUUAUCAAAUUAUGGAAUACACUUUUUCACCACAUGAGCUUCUUGGUUGCCUUCAGAUGACAUGAACCGAGAAAAACAAGAAGAUCCAAUUCAUUCUAGUAGUUCUCCAGACAAGACUGAAAGCAGAGUUGGAAUAACUUCUGAUAGAAGAUAUCUUGAGCCUGCUGGAGUGAAUAGAAGAAGAGAGAGAAAUGACAGCAGUGGAAGAGAUAAUAGGAGUAGUAGAGAUGACAGGAGAAGAAGAGAAGAUACAAGAACAGAAAGAAGAAAAGGGAAUAAGGACCUGAAUGUAGAAAGAAAAUAUAAGGGAAGAAAUGAGAGUAUAGCUGAAAGAGACCGAGAUAGGGAAGAUGAUACAAGGAAAAACUGGAGUGAAACUGGGGGUGCAAGGAGAGAAAAUACACUUAGGGAUGGACAGGGGGAAGUGAGAAUCUUAUACUCAGGUAGCCGCGGGGCACCAUUCUCUGGUCAGAUGAAUUUAUUUGAGCUAAGGUCUAGUCAACAACAAACUGCCUCAGUAGGAAUUAGAAAUAGUAGUUUUAAGAAAAGUAUUGAAAAUGACCAGUUAAUCAGAUAUGAACGAGAAAAACAAGAUGAUUACAGAAAAGGAGUCCAAAAUAAAGGCAGAGUAAUUGAAUCAGAACUUUUUUCCAAGAAAAAUUCUUCUAAUUCCUUCAAACUACAACCUGGAGAGCUUAAAAGAAAAAGUCAAACACCUGAAAACACAAACUGGCAGGAUACCAUCAACUCAGUGUUUAAUCAAUCCAACUCUACUGGGUUUGGGGUUUCACAACCAGCUUUAGUAAUCCCAUCCCUACCCAGUGAGAAACAACACCAAUCACUGUUUAAGACCUGUGAAAUUUCUAAGUUAACCGAUAAACAUAAGCGUCCUGUUCUACUAGCAAAUCCUGAUCCAGUACCCAACUUGACAGGGUUUUCUAAACCUUUACAAAUAAGCAGUGUUCAAGGAACAUCAAAAUUAUCCAUGUUAGAUAACAACCAGAGUAAAAAAAUUAAGCUAGAUUCAUCAUGGACCAGACCAGGCCUAUUAUUUACUGACACAACCCCUUCCUCUUCUACACCAGCUCUGAUUUCUAAUGUUUUAAGAAAGAGUCUGGAUUUGGAACCUACUGGGAGUCAAAAUUCUGAUGAAAGGGUUGAAGUUUUAAAAACCCAGAUAGGGGAGUUGAAAUCCUACAUCUUAAAGUUAGAGGAGGAAAAACAAAAGGCUGAGGAGAAUUCUACUUCUGCUUCUACUUGCACCUGUGCCAAGGAUGGACAACUGUUAGCUCUUAUAAAAGAAAAUAUUGAAAAGGUCCGAAUUGGCCAGGAGAAGGAGAAGGAGAAGUUGGAACAUGAAAGGGGAAGGUUGGAAAUGGAAAAGAGCAGUUUGAUAUCAGAGCAGAAGCGCUUGCAUGAAGAGAAGGAGAGGCUAGAGAAAGCAAGGGUGAACUUGAAGCAAACACUAGAGCAGGGGAUGAAGCUGUUGGAGGGAGAGAAAGGGAAAAUGGAAAGGGAGAUCAGGAUAAGGCUUGAGCUUGAGGGGAAGAAGGAGUUGGAUGGUUUGAGAAUGAAGCUAGCUGAAGUUGAAGAGGAAAGGAUCAAGGAGAAGGACAGGGAAAAGGAGGAAGAGAAAAGACAUGUAGAAGAGGAGUUAAAGGAAUUAGAGAUAAGAAAGGAGAUGACAACAAAAGCAAUUGAGAGUGAGGCAAGGAUUGAGGAUCUUGAAACUACGGUUGGACACUCGGACUCACUAAUUAAUGAGCUUAAGACUAAGCUUCAGGCUUACAAGAGUGAUGUUCUGAAAUUGAGGCUCCAAGCUGAGCAGGAGAGAAGAGAGAAGGAAACCUUGAAGAAGGAAUAUGACGGGGACUACAGAGCUUUCUUGGACAAGAAAUCAGGGUUGGAGGAGGGUGUACGGAUACGAUGUGUUUUCUGUCCCGGAGAGAAUAUGGUUUCACUUGUGGGAUUUAUUUUCCACGUGGCCAGGGAGCACAUGUUCGACCAGUAUAAGAAAGUGGAGCUAGAGACAGAAGCACAACAGGUUGGCCUCUUGCUUCGGAGGCUGGAGGACAAGGUAAAGAGUUCCACCUCUAGCCAAGAGGUUAAUAGUCUACAUUCAAGAAUACACCAGCUGGAAAAACAGGUGACCAUUUUAACCUGGAACUGAGAAGCUGGAAAAUAUUUAGUAACAGUAAACAAUCAUUAAUACUGGCAGACAUUUUUUCACAGUAUUAAUUUUAUUGUCAGUCAAGUUUUCUUUUAUACCUCAAACUCAUUAUACUUAUUACACUUUCAGAACUUUUUUUCUUGUAGUUAAGUAAGUAAGUAAGAAUUUAUCGUAUUGUCAUACAUUUUUUUUCUUGCAUUUAUCAUUUGUCCUUGUAUUUAUUCAGUCGAACUUUUAUAUACUAGCUUGGGAACCCAGCGCUGCCCAGGUUACUAAAAGUUACUAAUGCCGUGUAAUCAUGGUUCAUGGGUUCCUGAGUUGUGAUCAGACAAACAAAUAAACAGUCAAACAUAGAUUACAACUUUAUAUAUAUAUAGAUACAUCUGUUGAAUACAUACAAUUAUACAAUACAUAUACAAAACAUAUAUGUUUAUAUACGUGAAAGU